UGGUAUGCAACAAUGAACAGGCGAACUAGGGAUUGAUUUUAAGGGUCCAACUCAAUCUUCCACAUUUCAUCACUAAAGCGAGAUUGAAACUAGACCCCUUUAGCGUUAAUGUGUACUCUGUACAGCAUACUGCGCAUUUUUCCAGCUUCAUGGCCUGUGCUUGUUAUGUAUUGCAGUCCAUAAAGUCUAUGGCACAGCCGCAAGCGCUGCUGCCUGACAGAUACAACCCGGGGCAAAAUUCACCCGUGAACGUCAAAACAACUUGUGUUGACGGCUAGCCGAGCUAGCAUUUAGUCUAGCUCAAGUCUUGACCAAAAGCUUUCGUCGACUCUGGUAGUUUUACAAGUGUGCCUUUCAGUGUGAGGCAUGCAGGAUAGGUAUAGCGAGAUAGGCUUUGUGCAGCAAAUACUCGGUUUGAAUUUAGUGCCGAGACAAAAUGGCACACACCGAGGCAACGACACAUCUCUCAGCGACUUCUCAGAGAUGUGGUAUGGCGUGUUUCUAUGGGCGGCGGUUUCCUCUCUGGUCUUCCACCUGCCUGCAGCUCUGCUCUCCCUCGCCACACUACGCCAACACAAGAUGGCCAGGUUCAUGCCCAUUGCCAUCCUUCUCAUGGGCAUCGCCGGACCAGUUUUUGGAGGUGUCCUCACCAGUGCAGCCAUAGCAGGAGUGUACAAGGCAGCAGGGAAGAGGAUGAUGUCUUUGGAGGCUCUUGUUUUCGGUGUUGGACAGUCAUUUUGUGUUCUCAUCAUCUCCUUCCUCAGGGUACUUGCCACCCUUUAGCAGUGGUGAGACCCACCUGACUGGACCUAGUACUACCUGGUCAGUCAAACACCAGUCGCACCUUCUCUUUGGAGGACCUGAGUUUAACAUGGUGCAAGGCUAGAUCCUGGGACACAUGUAAAUCAAUCAGGGACAUGAUGCCAUUUUUUACUGAUGGACCAGGACCAGAGCGGACUGUUUUCAGCUAUCCAAGAAAAAGCAGAGUGUAAACUGAAGGUGUGUGUUAAACAGCGCUAAGGCUGUUGAUUCACCUGUAUGUUGUCAGCUGUAGGACCGCACAAUUCUGCAUUCGCAUCAUAGGGCAACCGCACACACUACAUUAGUGUUGUCAUGAUACUGGAGUUUCUAAUUUCAAUAUGAUGCCUUCAGAAAUAUCGAUAUUCGAUACCACGGGGGAAAACUGACACCUGAUUAGGGGCAUAACAUUUUAUUUAAAAGUAUGGUGAGGCUUUAAAAUAACAUAGAAGUACAACUUCUUUUUCUCGGCUAGUAGCAGAGAACAGCUUAUAGAUGUUACCGAUAGACUAAUUUUUUGCUUUCUUUUUUUUCCACAUGAAUGAAAACCAUGUUCUUGAGGUGGUGCACAUGUUCAAGAGCCUCUGAGAUUAUCACGCUUACUGUUAAGUGCAACUGCAUCUAACUUAAUUUACUAAUUAAAGUAUUUUCAACUGAAUCUCUGCUGUUUGGUAUUCCUCAGGCCUGACAGCUCUGAGGGUGAGUAGCUUAGCUACUGGGCCAACAGGACAGCACACUUAACAGUUUACUGGGCCAUCUUGUUUAAUGCUUCACUGAUGCUGAAAUGACAGCUAUCACCAACCUCUUGAAACUCUUCACAGAGGUGAGCGUGUCAGUUAUUUAGGUGCAUUGCUGAAUUUGUUGUGUUAGCAGCUACCAUUAGCAUUGCUAUAGAGCAGUGCUGUUUUCUGCUGUUCUCUUGUCAACCAAAACCAGUUGUGGGAGCUCUGCACUCCUUAUCUUUAAUGAGCUACCGCCAUAGCAAAUCUCGCAAUAUACCACGGUCUGUCAUUAGCUUAAAACUCAACCAGAGCAAGACCACUGACAUGUAUACGAUGGUCAUGGCAUCUGCACAGCCUACCACUAUGCAAGAAAGAAGCCAAAAUAUCAUGCAUACAGCAGCUGCCAUCUUGCAUUUUUGCAACCAGAUUUGGUGCAGUAGCGACCAGAAGUGGAGUGACAGCAUCGGGCCGCCAAUCAAAACUGUCAAAUCAGCUGAAUUGCAUCCCUUUGUUAAUCAUCAAAUAACAUUAAAAACAACUGUACCAGAAAAUUGACCACUUUUACACACAUCUACCAGAAACCACAGACAUGACCUCAGGGAAAAAUACAUCUGAUUUGUACUUUGAGUUUUUAUUUUGGCUCUUGUCCCAUCCACUAACAUGGAGGUAGUGGGAUUUAUUGCCUAUGCUCCAACCAGCCACCAGGAGCCGAUCACGUCACAGUGUUUUCACUUCCAGAAGCUGCCAUGGUGUCCAUAUUUUCUACAGUUGAUGAGAAAAAUGAGCAACAAGGCAGACAGCACAGUGACUGACUGGGAGGAGGCGGUGCUGUUGGCACUGCACUGGUUUGUGCGUGUUGUUGGAGAGAGAGCGAGAAAGCACAGCUGGAAUCGGUGUAUUGAUACUACAGAAAAUGAGUAUUAAAACUUAUUUCAAAUAUUCUGAAUCUAUGUAUCGAAAAAUCGAUAUUUUUAACAACACUAAAUAGAGUUUAUUUAAAAUCUGCUUUUAUUCCUGUGUGAUGUGAAGGUAGCAGGAUGCUGUUCUCCCUUGUUGCCUGGGGUUAAUGGUUAGCAUCAGGACCAGGGGUUCUGUGUGUUUCCCUUUGACCAUGAGUCUGACAACAGUAUGACUCCAUGUAAUGACUACAGAGACAACAGGCAGUCUGAUGGGCUGAUGCACUGUUGAGACAGCAAUACCAUGGUUGUAUGCAAGAUUCUGGCUUUUUCUCUUGCGGCCUUAAUUUCUAUUUUAUAACAUCCAAAGUGGUUUUCAUCUUCAGGUCUGUCUUUAACACUUUAUCUCAUGGUGUCCUUUUGUUCUCAUCAUUUUGGUUUUGAUUAAUUAAAGUGUGUCUGCCUGUGUGUUUUUGUUGAUUCCAAAUUAACACCUAUAACAUGUUUCCUUCUAGCGCACUCAGCAAAUUUAUAUAAGACAGGUAUAAAGUGAUGAAGGUUUUAGUUGUAAUAUGUUACAUUUAUGGACAUUUGUGUUUAGUCCCAAUCAAAGCCCUGCAGAUGCAGCCAAGAGAAUGUCUUCACUUUGGAUUUCUGCUCAUCUUUUUUAUUUGUUUAUACAGAGGGAGUUGAUCAGAGUUGUGGUCAUGGUGCACUAGAGUGGUCAGAUGACCUCUCGGACCCAAACCUUUGCUCUUUCUUUUCUCUAUUUGAAUAAUGACUGUCCAGCUGCUUUAUUAGGUAACUGUAUGCACUUCAAUGCAAAGCUUCUGCCUCAAAACCUGUUUAUGAAGCUCAAAAUGUUUCAGUUUUUGGUGAA